UCAGUCAGUCUCGCGAGGAUAUCCCGGGAGUUAACAGGUGUUUGCAGAAGCAGGUCUUCCGCGGAGAGUCGUCCGUUUCGUUCUUUCUUUUUCUCCUCUCUUCCUAUCAUUGCUUUCGCUUCGUCCUCGGUAUCGGCAAAAGAUCCGCACGUUCAUCAAUUCGCCGACGAGAUAUCGAUGAUUUUCGUGAAAUAUGCGGUCCUGAAAAAAAGUCCUCGUGUCUCUUGCGCUGCCUUGUAAUUUUUUUUUAUUUCUCUCAGAAAUCGCUAAAAGAAAUUCGCAGGAGAUAUGACGACGUUGAGAAGAUGUCAGGUCAUUUAUUUUUUAUUUUUCGUCGUCUUGACACUCGGCACGUGCAACGAGAUGCCCAAGCCGAGCUACACCAGGACAAUGUUGAAGGUUUCUCGAAGUCUGCCAGGUGAGACGGAAGAGGUAAAAGUACGAACGAGCGAGGGCAAUUUAGCUACUUUAAUCGUUAAGCGACGAGACAAAUCGUCGUUCACCUUCGACGAAUCAAAGCUCGGACCAAAACCUGUUCAGGCAGAAUCGAACGUCACUACAGUGAAUAACAACUCGAGUGCGCGGAAUGAAUCGAAACUUGAUGACGACAGAAGCGAGAUCAGAAAGAAAAACGAUGUGCGAAGACUCGAGGAAGCUCAGGUAGCGCAAAUCAGAGCGACGUUCUCCGAAUUAUCGAAGGAAUCGAAGGACGAGAAACCGGACGUCAAUCGAACCGAUGCGAAACCGAUAUCCGAAAAAAAUCUCCCAAUUAGCAGCAGCGUAAUCGAUUACGGAAACUGGACACCGUUGGACACGGAUGGAAGAGCGUUGAAACAGGUGGAGCCGGAAGAAGAGGAGUAUCGAAAUUGGAAGCCGUUGCGGACGAAUCUAAAGACUGCAGUCGAGGAGAAAACGAACUAUGACGGAGGUAGAAUCGGCGACAUCUUGUUCGCCAGAAAUUUCCAAGAUCGGACUCAGAGAAAUUUCGAUUUACGAGACGGAAGCGAUAAAAACGAGCGAUCUGUCUACACAUACGUGCCUCAUCAGUCCACGAGGACGAAUAUCGGGGCGAAUCUGUCGAAAAAUCGAGACGGUAAAACCGUUCCCGCGGAAGUAAUCGUCCGAUCGGAAAUCAAUGUAAAAACGGCGCCGAAGAGGUCACCUAUGUCGCUCGACGUAGACGGUACGCCAGUAAUCCACGGUACGAGAGUACCCGAUGAACCCAUCGACAAGGUACAAACUUGGCGAAACGCUCGAGUUAUUAAUAACAAGUUGAUAAAUUUCGAAAGCACCGCGGGAGUUAUCAACCCGGUGGAACCCUCCGUUGAGUCUCAUCCUGGAGAUAAUAUCGAGAAGAAGCAGAAGUUCGAUAAGUUCUUCAAAGAUAUCAAUCGAAGAUACAGUCGCAAUUACGAGGAAGAGGGCCGUAACGUGUACUUCGAAUGGGACCCGAGAAAUUACAAGAACGAAGCUUUGAAAGCCGAGGUGUACGAGCCGCAUAACGACCAUUAUCGCGCGAGCGUUCACAAGAGAAUGCUGCACCCGGAAAGCGUCGCGAAUUAUCCAAUCUCGCAACGUUACAUCCCCGAGAGUCAGACUAUUGCACCUGUGGCUCUGAAACCCGGUGCUCGAGCACCGGUUCUCCAGUACGCUCAUCCCGAACUGGGUGUGCAGCCCGCCAAGAUCCUCAAGAACGAGAAACGCCGCCCCGACAAUUUCCCCGAGAACCAACACUCGUUCACCGAACAACGUCACAAGAAGAAGUACGUGCUAAACGACAAGAGUAUUGUCGACAGCUAUACGACGAAGAACUACUAUCCGAAUCAGCACUUCUACGGCCUGAAACGACCGAGCGAGCCACCGUUUUGGGUAAAGAUUUCUGAGAAUCUGAAGAAUCAAUUUUCCACCGGGGUCGAGAGAGUCUCGCAGUUCACUAGGCCAGUGAUCGAUCCCCUGGUGGAAGCCACUCAUAAGAUUUCGCAGAAUCUUGGUCUUUCCAAGGGCAAGGAGGCUCAGGACAAAAUCGACACGAUAUCCUCGAGCACUAGUAUCCUAAUACCAGCUUUAGGGCUUGUCGCAUCUGGCGCUGCGCUUGGAAUAGGUGCUGUGGCGGUUGGCCGAUAUCUCGAUGUCGACGUUUUGAAACGCUCAAACGUAGAUGAGGAUCUCGAUCUUGAGCACAAGCGGGCCUUGGAGACUGGAGUGUACUUGAGAGCGAUCGAGGACGAGAGUUCGAGGUCGAACGAGACGACUCCUUCGCGGACCAUGUACCUUUUACGAAACGUCGCUCAAGACGAUAAAGGAGAUGAGAAUACGAGUUCGAUGGAGAACGACGGAGUCUUUUUGAUUCUGGAAGACGAAGAUAAGCAAAACGCCGAGAGGAUUGAAAAUCGAGAGAGCAGACAGAUGGUGGACGAGGCCGAUUAUGUGGAGACUAACGGACGACGAAGAAGGAGAAGCCUCGACUAUCUAAACCUCUUUAAAACGGAUGUUGACAUGAAAAAUCUGGUGCGUACCAAGCGUUUUCAGAGAAAGGGAGCUGACUCCAUCAGCGAAAUCGUCGAAAUCGAUGUGCCUGCUGGCGCAGGUCGUAUCGAUAUUACCAAAUUCUUGAUCCCGAAGAAGAAUAAAGAGAGAUACUCGAAUGAAAAUACCAUCCUGACCAUCGAUAACGAUAACAAGAGGGUGGAAAAUCUCAAAACAGACAUGUCGGAUCAAAACGCAUUGAAGAACAUUGCGAACAUUUUUGAAAAUGUCGAUAAUUUACAGGAUGUAAUUUCGAAGGAAGAUCGAAGAGAUGAUACUGAUGGUACUUUUCUCGUGCUAGAUGAAAACUCACAAUUUCUCGGGAGUAAUCUCGAGAAAGAAAUGAUAAGAAAGAUCGAUGCAGAUUCUAAAGAAGACAACGGAAGACGAAAGCGCAAUGUUGAGAGCGAUCAGGAACUCUCGGAUGCGUUGCAGAAUUUGGAAAAUGCCGAAGUAGCCGAAAUUGCUCACAUACAAGGCGAUUGGACAAAUACGCCCUGCGCAAAGAGGAUAUUUUGCGAUACGAUGAUUCAAAGAGGAUCCGAUGCCUCGAUGCUCAUGGAGAAGAAGAUGACAGCGUUAUUAAGAUUAAUUCAGCCUGGAGCAGCUGUUCAAGUGUCCAGUCACUUUGAAGAGGUCAUGAAUGCUGUCAGGAGGCAUGAUUGUUCCGUCUUUUUGUGUCCGCAAGCGAGACCCGGCAACGUCUUUCUUUAGAGAUACGAAAGAUUACAGUCUUUUUUUAAAUCACACUUCUAAAAUAGUUAUAUUGUAAAAAAAUUAAUUCAAAAGUUAUUGAGAAAAUCAAAUGAGAUAUAUGACAAUAGGAAAAAUAAUUAAUAAAUAUUUUAUAUAAUUAUUAAUCAUUUUUUAAAGAUUCUUCGAAUUCUUUAUUAUGUUAACAAUCGAAAAUGAAUCGAAAAAUGCCCUUUAUAUGCAGUAAAUAAUGCAUUAUUUUUAGGAUUACCAGAUAAAUUCGCAAGAGAUUGAUUGUCAUUGUUUAUAGAAUAUAUUUCGAAUAAUGGAAUUGUUGCGAUUAUAAUUGUUAACAUUAUUUUCAGAAAAAAACUUCAUUAAUUUAUGUUUGCAACGAUUUCGCGAAUAAAUACGUUUUCGAUAAACACAUCGAGUUGGCACAGAGCCACAAUUGUACAUACUUGCCACCGAGGCGAUUUUAUUUAAAAUGCACACAUAUUUGUAAUUUAGAUGAUUAAGCAUAGAAUUUAUGACAGAGAAUGAACGAUCGGCGGAUAAUCAGUUGUAUCAAUUGCAACUUCCAAAUGUUCACAUCAUCGUCCAUGAUAAACAUCUUCGCUUAUCGCUUCAUUUUCUCACACAUUUUUAAUUCCGUCCGAAUAAAUUAUUUUGUAACGAGGUAUAAUUUAAUUCGACGCGCCAAGAGAGUCACAGAAGUGAAUAAAAUGUUACAUGCGAAUUUUAAUGAUUCAAAGAUUCAGGAAUCAUCGCCAAUCCGCGCGUCGAGCACGAAAAUAUAUUUAUUUCUGUACUUUUCUACGCAUAAGACAUCGUAUCUGUAAGAAUCGAUGAAUAAACGAUAUUUUUUACUA